AUGGCCACCGCUCACCCCCUGCUCCUCCUUCCUCUGCUCCUGGCCUCGGCCUGGGCCCAGUGCCCGGCGCCGGCGGAUCUGAAGAACGCGGACGGGAGCAAGAUCUGUGCCCAGCUGUACACCGACGACAGCCCCUACUACGCCCAGUGCUGCGGGGGCAACGUGCUGCAGGUGCAGCCCGGCAACGACGUCCCCUACAUACCACUCAGCUGGAACGACAAGAUCUCCUCCCUGGUGGUGGCGCCGCGCUGCGAUCUCAGUGUCUGGUCCAGGACGGGCAAGAAAGGCUACAGCCGCAAGUUCAACAGCGGGGUGGUAUAUCGGCUGCAGGAGAUCAAGAAGGGGCUCUUUGGGAACUGGGAUAACUCCAUCUCCGCCUACUACUGCAAGUGUAACUGA